GAGGGAGGCCUGAAACGGAUAAAAAAGAGAACCACACUCCCGCGGCCCAAUCUCUACAGAAAAAUAUGAAGCAUUUCCGCUUCCCCAACCACCAUUUUUCUUCUUUCUUUCUUUUAUUCUUGAGUAGCAUUUCUGCUUUCUGACUCCAAUAUUUACGGCUAGCUGACUGAAAUUGACUGCUUUCUAAUACCAUUGGUUGGUUUGGGCAAAUUCAAUUCUUUGACUCAUUUCUUUACCGCCUCGAAAAACAUGCUGAUGCUCGAACCCCCCGCCGCGGCCGUCCUUCUCUCCCGCCGUAGCUUCGAUCCCAUCAUUCCUCGUUGCCUUCCUCACUCGGCUACCUUUUUCAUCUCCCGGAACAAGUACAGCAAAUUGAGGAAUCAUUCAUGCCGGGGAAACUCAAGCAGCUGCGCCUCCAGACGAAAUGGGAUUCGAGCGUCCGCAAAAGAGAAGCCCAAUUGUUCUGGUUCUGGUUCUGGUUCAGGGCCCGUGAAACAGAAUGCCAAGCCCCUGAGAUAUCAUCCGUUUGAGGAAAUUGCGGAGUCAGAACUGAAUGCAAAUGGGGAGGCUAGGCUUACCCCAGCUGAAACCACUAGGACCUUGAUUGAGGUAAACAGCAAAGCCACCCUUAUGUUUUCGAGUUUAGUUAAUGAACAAGUCCAUGAGAAUAUUUUCUGGCCGGAUUUGCCUUACGUGACUGAUGAGCAUGGAAAUAUUUACUUUCAAGUAAAGCAUGAUGAAGACAUUCUGCAAACUCUGUCGAGCGAUGACAACCUCGUGCAAGUCAUUAUUGGGUUAGACACUGCAGAAAUGCUCAGUGAGAUUGAGUUACUUGAUCAAUCAGAAAUUGACUUUGGCAUUGAUGAAUUUGACGAUGAAGAUAGUGAUGUUGAUGAUGAAGAUGGUGAAGACGAGCGUGAGGAUGACAACGGUUAUGAGAAGGACUGGGUUGCCAUAAUUGACAAUGAGGAAGAUCAGGAUGAGGAUUCUGAUGGAUCACUUGGAGACUGGGCUAAAUUGGAGACCAUGCGCUCUUCUCAUCCAAUGUAUUUUGCUAAAAAGUUAUCUGAGGCUGCAUCAGAUGAUCCCAUAGAUUUUAUGGACCAGCCACCUGCUGGCCUUGCUAUUCAAGGCCUUCUAAGACCUGCAUUUGUUGAAGAACAUGCUGUGAUCCAGAAACACAUUACUGACAAUCAAAUUAUUGAGGAUAAUACUGAUCAGAUUACCAAAGUGGAAGGGCAUAAAGAAAAUGAGAUUAUUCAAAUUAAUGGUCACAAACAUGAACAUGGAUCAGCUCAGGAAGGGAUCAAUUGGGUUGAGGAAUUGGAGAGUGAUGAAACUCCAGGAAAUGGAACUUCGUUUUACAAACUAGAGAUGGUGAAAAUCCAGCUAAUUUCAGCGCAUGGACACCAAAAUUUUGUUGAAAUAGAAGACUUUAGGAGAGCAAGACCUGAUGCAAUUGCACAUUCGGCUGCCAAAAUCAUCACUCGUCUGAAAGCUGGCGGAGAAAAGACUACACAAGCUCUUAAAUCACUUUGUUGGAGAUGCAAGGGUAUUCAAGUGGAGGAGGUUGCUCUCAUUGUUGUAGAUAGCCUUGGUUUUGACUUGAGAGUUUGCUCUGGAACACAAGUUCAAACACUGCGAUUUGCAUUUAACAAAAGGGCCUCCUCUGAAUAUAGCGCUGAAAGGCAACUCAAUCACCUGCUGUUUCCGAGGGCCAACCACAAGCUCCAACAGAAGAAAGAAGCUCACCAGACUGAAUUAUAAGGAUUCAGUUGCAUUCUAACUUGUGCCUCUGUUGCUCGGAAUUGUAUAUAACACGUAGAAGAUUUGCUGCUCAGUUUCAGCUUAUUUUAUUUUGUCGCGUGCUAGUAAUAAUGGUAACCAUUCCGUUGUUGCUUUGCUUCUAACAUGAAGAGUGUACUGCAACUUCUGUUCCUGAUUGUAUUGUUUAGGCUGAUUGUUCUGCUCUGUUCUAGAGAAAUCUAUGUAUGUUAGAAGCUGGAAAAAGUUUUUUUUCACAUCUAAAAGCAGGACUCAGUGUUGGAUGUAGAAAAUAGUAGUGAAGAUGUAUUCCAAUUGGAAAACUGAAUGGUAUCAUGUUUUCUGGGCAUGAGAUCCAACUGGUAAGAAAGGAUUUUCUGUAUCA